CAUUCAAUCACUCAUUCAUUUGAUUGAGUUUUUAGUUUUUAUUCAAUUAUUAAAUCCAUUAUUAGUUUAAAGCAAUUAAAUCGAGAAUAUGUCCGACGAUUGGGGCGAUGAAUGGGGAAGCGGUGGCACAACCACUGCCGCCAACACUACAAAGCCAGCGGUGAGUUCGGGCGCUGACGACGACUGGGGCGACACGUCUGGAGGAGGAGGCGGUGGCGGCAACUCAUACGGCGGUGGAGGCGGUGGCGGAGGCUUUGGCGGCUCGAGAGGUGGCGGCGGAGGCGGCAGUUGCUAUAACUGCGGCGGAAGCGGACACAUGUCUCGCGAGUGUCCGGAGCCGAAGAAGGAGAGGCCGGGCGGCGGCGGUCCGCGAAAGUGCUUCAAUUGCGGAAACGAA